UGUCCCUUGUUCACUGUGUCUCUGCAGCUGGUCAGCGAAAAGGUCGGUGGAGCGGAAGGGACCAAGCUGGACGAUGACUUCAAAGAAAUGGAAAAGAAAGUGGAUGUUACCAGCAAGGCAGUCACAGAAGUAUUAACCAGAACUAUAGAAUACCUGCAGCCCAACCCAGCUUCCAGAGCCAAGUUAACGAUGCUCAACACGAUGUCAAAGAUCCGAGGCCAGGUGAAAAACCCUGGCUAUCCACAGUCGGAAGGGCUCCUGGGGGAGAGCAUGAUCCGAUACGGGAAGGAACUGGGCGACGAAUCCAAUUUUGGUGACGCGCUUCUUGACGCUGGUGAAGCUAUGAAACGAUUGGCUGAAGUGAAGGACUCGCUGGAUAUCGAAGUCAAACAGAACUUUAUCGAUCCUCUCCAGAACCUGUGCGACAAAGACCUGAAAGAGAUCCAGCAUCAUCUGAAGAAGCUGGAGGGCAGGCGUCUGGACUUCGAUUACAAGAAGAAGCGUCAGGGGAAGAUCCCAGAUGAGGAGCUCCGACAGGCCAUGGAGAAAUUUGAGGAGUCCAAGGAAGUAGCAGAGACUAGUAUGCACAACCUCCUGGAGACUGACAUUGAGCAAGUGAGCCAGCUCUCAGCCUUGGUGGACGCCCAACUCGAUUACCACAGACAAGCGGUGCAAAUCCUGGAUGAGCUCACGGACAAACUCAAGGGCAGAAUGAAGGAGGCCUCCUCGCGCCCCAAGCGGGAGUACAAACCUAAGCCCAGAGAGACGUACGACUUCGGAGACACCGACCAGUCCAACGGCGGCUUCUCUUGCAACCCCGCCCCCAAAGUCUCAGCUUCUUCCUCUUUUCGAUCCGACAAGCCAUCCCGGACCCCCAGCAGGAGUAUUUCCCACCUGGACCAGCCCUGCUGCAAGGCACUCUACGACUUUGAGCCCGAAAACGAUGGUGAGCUGGGCUUUAGGGAGGGCGACAUCAUCACGCUGACCAAUCAGAUUGACGAAAACUGGUACGAGGGCAUGAUCAACGGCCAGUCCGGGUUCUUCCCGCUCAACUACGUGGAAGUGCUGGUCCCGCUACCUCAGAGGGGUCCCCCCACCCCCAGCCCUUCCCCCUCCUUCUCGCCCUCCUGACACACCCCCACAGCGGGCAAGCCCUGCCCUUCUCUUGCAUUCCAAUUUGUAACUCAACACUAGUGUCCUGCCACUGGGCGGGGGUGGGGAGAAUGCGACUGUGGUCACCCUGGACGGGUGCUGGAUCCGUGGACGGGGGUGGCAGGGAACAAGCCAUGAGGGCUGAGCAGCCCCUCUUUACGUUUUUCUCCUGGCCCUUGAACUAGGUACAUGCAGCCCCUUCCCGGGCGCCUCCAGUUUGUACAAUAAGCCAAUGGAGCAUCUCCUUUGUCAUUGUCUUUCUUGGGGUGUUUUGGGGGAAGCAGAGAGCGGGGUCAGCCGCCCAGGAGAGCCCGUGUCCGUGGUGCACCCGGACAAGAGGGAGCAUGUGUCUCUCCCCGGGGGGGCGUGCCCCAGGAGAGCCAAUAGAGCCACCAUCUGCUCCAGUGUGUGUGUGGGAGGGGAAGUGCUAGGUGGGUUCUAGCCUUUAAACUGCGUGAAGAAAAAGGCCUCAGCCCGGCUCUGCCCUGCCAGCUUGGAGCAUCCUGGCUUGGGGGCAGGGGUCCUACUGAACCCUCCCCCUGUGGGGAAGAACGGGGAGUGUGUGAGGGGUGAAGCUCAGCUUCUGAGCCCCCUUCCUGCUUGCCCAGAGCUCACACCCAGCUUACCGCUGGAGCCCAUGCUGCUGAGGGAGGGACCCU